AUGUAUUGCAGUAUUAAUAAUAAUAGAUUAUUUGUAUUUGUAAUACUAUUUACAAUUGUAGUUCUUACUACUUCCACUACUACUGCCCAAUCAACAUCAUCAUCAUGGGUGACAAUUGAAACAUAUAAUGAACCACAAUGUAAUUUGGAUAGUUCAAGUAUCGGUGGAAUUGUUAUGCAAUCGGGAGACUGUGUCCAAGGACAACAAGAAUGUCAAACUACCGCCGCCAAUGUCACACAGUACACGUCUGGUGUCUGUAACACUGUCUCUCAAGUCCAUGGUUUCUACAAGACCUACACUUGCUCACCAACAAUGCCAUCAUUACCAGCCCGUUCAUUGUCCAUCUCAACCUUCAGUGCCUGUAAACUUAAUCCAAGUCUUCUCACUGGGUUCCGUUGGAUCCCAUCCUACAAGUGUAUGGCCAUUAGAAGAGAUGAGAUCUCUGGUACUGCUACUUCUGCCUCUUCCUCUGUCGGUACGUCGGCAUCGGCAUCUGCUUCGUUGGCAUCAGCCUCUUCAGGAUCAGUUUUACUUCCUUACUACAACCACGACAAAAUCAAUUAUUAUCUGUCACUUGUACUCCACCAUACCAUUCAUAAAUAA